AUGUUUAGAUCAGAGGAUAUGGCUAGAGAUCUAAGGUGGCAUUUCACUAAUAAGAGCAUCGACGGCAAACUCAGACACCCGGUGGAUUCAGUGACUUGGGAUCAGAUGAACGCCAAAUACCCUUCCUUUGCAUCAGAAGAAAGGAACGUGAGGCUUGGACUUUCCACAUAUGGCUUUAAUCCGUUCAACAUGAAGAACAGUAUGUAUAGCUGCUGGCCUGUUUUGCUUGUCAACUACAACUUACCACCUGAUUUAUGA